AACCCCGGAGGAGCAGCGUGUCCACUUGAAAAUGAAGCUCACGACCCCCGGUGGACAUUGAAGAAAUGAGCAAAAGCCCCGUUGGGGAUCACUGCCCGGUCGUAUCUGCCCAGGGCUGAAUUUCACUUUGGAGUGAGAGAAAUGGAGAGGUCAAGAAGGGUUAUAAAGGGACGCAGAGGAUGAACAAGAAGAAGGAAGCCAUAGGAAAAAGAAGAAAAAAAACAAGAAGAACAAACAAGAAGUUCUCCUUCUUAACAUCGCCUGCGCUUGCUUCACUGCUAGGCUUCCACGUGGCAAACAAACAACGCGUCACUUGGCUGACUGAAACCCUACAAAACAGUCAAAGAAGAGGAAAACAAACACCAUGGCGACCUCCAUCCUUGUUCACCACGACUCUUUCCACUCCCGUCGCGACCACCGUCUCCCCGACAAGAUGGACAAUAUCUUCCGCCGCUUCAGCUCCAGGAAGUCCUUCAAGAGCAAUGCUUCAUCGGUCGUCUCAUCAAGACCCUCAGUGCCAGCGCCCUCGUCCUCCUCCUCCGCCUCCUCGACGGCUUCUUCCCAAAGACAGUCCCAGACUCCUCCCAUCGCCUGGGCCAGAAACAACCAAGAUGCCAGCAACCCCUUUGCCGCCACGACUCCCACGCGUCGUCCGGCGGCAGCUGAGCCACCGCCCCCUUACUCGCCUCGCUCAGCGUCGAAUAAUAAUAAUACGACCACCAACAGCAACGUCCCCUAUUCGCCCGCCGACCUGUCCAAUCCCAUGCAAGUCGCGGAUGAUUCGCCCUACGCGUUCCUGCGCACCUUCGACACCAUCUUCCUGAUCGACGACUCGGGCUCCAUGGCCGGCCGCUCGUGGCGCGAGACCUCUGCGGCGCUCGCGGCCAUCGCCCCGAUCUGCACGGCCCACGACCCGGACGGCAUCGACGUCUACUUCCUGAACCACCGCAACCCGCACGCCACGGGCAGCCAGGGCGGGUACACGAACAUCACCACGACGGCGGCGGUGCAGAGCCUGUUCCAAAACGUGCGCCCCCUGGGGGGCACCCCGACGGGGACGCGCCUGAACCAGAUCCUGAAGCCGUACCUCGCGGAACUGGCCGAGUCGGUCGACCGCCAGUCCGCCGACGCGCCCGCGGUCCGCCCGCUCAACAUCAUCGUCAUCACCGACGGCGUGCCCUCGGACGACGUCGAGAGCGUCAUCGUCAACGCCGCCCGCAAGCUCGACGCCCUCUCCGCCGAGCCCUGGCAGGUGGGCAUCCAGUUCUUCCAGGUCGGCCGCGAGCCCGAGGCCGCCGACAUGCUCCGCGAACUCGACGACGCGCUGAGCGGCGAGUACCACAUCCGCGACAUGGUCGACACGGUGCCCUGGAACGGCGAGGAAGGCGGCAGCGCCGGUGGCGACGACGACCAAGGCCUCACCGCGCAGGGGCUGUUGAAGGUGUGCCUGGGCAGCGUGGUCCGCCGGUGGGAUCGGCGGAGUGUAUAACAACCAACGACAACCAAUUGAGGGGGGGGAAGGGUGGUCCAUUUUGUCUCUUUUCUCCGGGAACACGGCACCCUAUCACUAUGUAUUAUGUUAGACUAACCAUCCUGUAUUCUAUUGCGGACCUUCACGACUUCCGUAUUGUUAUGUCAUGUCGUGGAUGAAAUGGGAAAAAAAAUUUGGCAGACUCGA